AAAUUAUCUGGUGAAGAAUUAAAAAAACUUCUUAUUUAUUUAGCAUCGAUUAAUUCAUCAAAUGGUGAUCCAAGAUUUACAUUUAUUGUUGAUAUGCGACAACGUACAUGGGAAAAUUGUAAACAUAUUUUUAAAGUUCUACAAGAACAAUUUCCAUAUAAAAUUGAACAUGUAUAUAUUGUUAAACCGGAUGGAUUUUGGGAUAAACAUAAAAUAUCACUUGGCAUGUCGAAAUAUACAUUUGACGUACGAAUAAAGAAGAUAUUGCAAUGA